GAUGCCGCUGCUGCCCGUGCCGAGACCGCCGCCGCCCGUGCCGAGACCGCCGCCGCCCGUGCCGAGACUGCCAAUGCCAAGGCCACCAUCAAGAGGCUCCGCGAAGAGCUCGCUGCCGCCGAGGAGAAGGAGGCCGCCGUCAAGCGGGCGAUGAGUCACGCCCGGAGGAUCGUUGCCGAGUCCAGGGGCAUCCUGGAUGAGCACACCCAGAGCCUUGUCGAGGCCAGGCGCUGCCUGGAAGAAGAAACGCAAGCGUAG